CUCGCGUAGUGCGGUGCUAGUGAGUGAAUGUGUUUAGUGCCGGGUUCUGUAUAAAGGUAGAAUAGAAAAAUGAACUACUCAACUAAAAAGAUGUGGCAGUCCUGCUUAGUCGCCAGCUGCAUGUUAAGCAUAGCGCUCGCCGCCAACGAGUACCUACCCCCCAGCAAAGGCUACAACUACGACGUGCCCAAAAUCCCCUUCCCCACCAGGACACCCCCUCCCCCGCCAAUAAGGACGACGCCGCCGACUAGGCCCAACACCUACGUACCGCCACCCCAACCAACGCCAGAUCACACGCAUCAUGAGGAGCACGAACACCACCACCACCACGAGCCUGGCAUGCCCUUCGACUUCUCGUAUGCUGUCAAUGAGGACGGUAACGACUACAGCCACAACGCUAAGUCGGACGGUGACGUCACCCGCGGCGAGUAUCGGAUCGCCUUACCCGAUGGACGCACGCAAAUCGUCCGGUACACUGCCGAUUGGAAGAAUGGAUUUAAUGCUGAGGUAACCUACGAAGGUGAAGCGCGAUACCCCGACCAGCCUAGCCAGGGAGGUGGCUACCCCUCGGGACCCGGACAACCUUACAUCCCACCAAACCAGGGUGAAGGCUACCAUUAUUAGAAUCCAAAAAGACCAACAAACGCCACUUAGAAUAAUUAAUAGAGACUGUUAUACUCAAAACGCAGCAAAAUACCAUUAAAAAAAUUGAGAUUCCUACAACCUACCUAUUUCAAAAUAUUCUUCAAAAAUGUUCUCGGCAAUUUUCCAAUAGAUGGCAUAGUAGUCAAUAUACCAUCCAUCAGCAACGAAAUGCGGUAGAAGUUUAAAAAUAUUUGCUCUUUACUGAGAGUUGGCGCGAAGUUUAAAAAUCGAAUUUAUUUAAAUUUUCUUGGAUUACUUACUAUGGAAAAAUUUCACCAUAUUUACUUUUAAGUUAUUUUUAUUGGUAUAUAAAAUAGAAGUAUUAUUUAAUCUUAAUCAGCUUAAUUAAGAAACAAAACAUGCAGACUUAAUUAUUUAGGAGUUACCAAAAGGGUCACCAAAUUCGAAGUUACCUUAACAGUUAUCAUAAAUUAAAAAAAAUGUUUUAAGAUUUUAAUCUACAUUUAGAUAUCUGACUUUUUAUGAUAAUUGGUGCUAAUGAUCAGGCAAGUCUAUUGUUGCCUGAAAGCUCAAGACUGACGAGGAUGGGCAUUUCUUUAGAAAAUCUUAAAAACCAUUGAUUAGGACUUGGUACAUAAACUCCAAAGAGGAUACCAACAAUGUUUUGAAUCCUUUAUUGUUCUUUCAAUUUGUUAAGAGUUUAUAAACAACCAAAUUAGCGCC